CUCAAUCGUACCCAUCACAUACAUAUACACACAUAUAUAUAUAUAUAUAUUGGUGCGUGCUUGCGUCGGAAAGGUUGAGAAAUUACGAGAAGAAAAAACCCUGUUCCAGAAAUCGGAGGGCACCUGACCUGACGGACGGACGAUCGAUUGAGUUGGAUUCGGGGGGGUUUAGCUCAAUGGACUUCUCCGCCGGCUUUCACGACGGCAACAUCACGGACUUGAUAGACAGACGAACUCUGCGCGGUGCUCAUCAUGUCUGUUCGUGUUCUUUUUUCCCUUUCAAAAAGAAUUCAAUAGCAGUGUGCAAAUGCACUCCUCACUCGUACAAAGGCUCUCCCUAGAGAGAGAGCUAGAGGGUCACCGUGGAUGUGUAAAUGCAAUCUCUUGGAAUUCACAAGGAUCAAUGUUGAUAUCAGGAUCAGAUGAUACACAGCUUAAUAUCUGGUCCUAUUCAAGCCGAAAACUCAUGCACUCCAUUGAGACAGGCCACUCUUCUAACAUUUUCUGUACAAAAUUUAUUCCCGAAACUUCAGAUGAAUUAGUUGUUUCUGGGGCAGGUGACGCUGAGGUCCGGCUCUUCAAUUUAUCCCGUUUGAAGAGAAGUGGACCAGAGGAGAGUGGUUUUGCCCCAUCAGCAGUUUUUCAGUGUCACACCAGGAGGGUUAAAAAAUUAGCUGUGGAAGUUGGAAACCCUAAUGUAGUUUGGAGUGCCAGUGAAGAUGGGACACUGCGGCAGCAUGAUUUUCGCGAGGGUACUUCUUGUCCGCCUGCUGGGGCCUCCCAACAAGAAUGCCGCAAUAUACUCCUUGAUUUGCGGAGUGGAUCUAAAAAAUCAUUGGCAGAUCCUCCAAAGCAGACCCUUGCCCUGAAGUCUUGUGAUAUUAGUACAACCAGGCCUCAUUUACUACUUGUUGGAGGAAGUGAUACAUUUGCGCGCUUGUAUGAUAGACGAAUGUUGCCGCCACUAUCAUCUAGUCAGAAAAAUCUACCACCUCCUCCUUGUGUCAACUACUUUUGUCCACUGCAUCUCUCUGAUCUUGGUCGUACUAGCCUUCAUCUUACCCAUGUUACCUUUAGUCCUAAUGGAGAGGAAGUUCUUCUUAGUUACAGUGGGGAGCAUGUGUACCUCAUGGACAUCCAUCAUGCUUCUUCAAGUUCAAUGAGAUAUACACCAGGAGACCUUGCAAAGCUUGUGAGCUUGAGCCCCGUGCUUGAUGGUGGAGCAGGGCAUUCAUCUUGUCCUGGUGCAUCACUAAAUGGUUUCACCAUGAGAAACAAAUCUGCUUCAGAACUUGAUAAAUGCAGGAAGCUGAUCCAGAUUGCUGAAAAAUCAUUAAAGGGAGAAACAGAUUAUUAUCAUGGAAUUGAGGCUUGUAAUGAAAUUUUGGAUGGUCGUGGUCAUGAAAUUGGGCCAGCACUGAUGCAUGAAUGUCUGUGCAUACGUGCAUCCUUAUUACUUAAGAGGAAGUGGAAAAAUGAUGCACAUAUGGCUAUCAGGGACUGUCGUCGAGCUCGAAAAAUAAAUCAUUCAUCUACUUGGGCACUCAUUUGCAUGGCAGAAGCACUAUUGAUGUUGGAAAAGCAUAAGGAAGCCUUGGAAUUUGCUACAGCUGCUCAAGAUCUGUCCCCAUCUGAUCUUGCAAUUGCAGAGAGGGUCGGUAAUAUUAAGACGGCCAUUGCUGCAGCUGAAGUCAACAAGGCUGACACAGAAAGUGGUAAACGAUCAAAGGCAAAUCCCUAUGGAGGGAGAGUAAUUUCUCUGAGUGACAUAAUUUACGAAGGACACAAUGAGGCUUUACUCGAUGGGCCUGACAGAGAAGACUCAGAUUAUGACGAAGAGCUGGAAUUGGAUUUUGAAACUUCAAUGCCUGAUGAAAUGCAUGAUGUUGACUCCAAUGUUCUUCCCAGGAACUUAAAUUUGAGGAUUCACAGGAAAGCUGAUUCAGCAAGGGAAAGUGAGAGGCCCAAUGGCUCUUCUGACCAGGCUGUUUCAUCACUGGAAAGUGAUAAAGUGCCUUACAAGCCAGAGGUAGCAAUAGAUAUGAAGCAGAGAUAUGUUGGCCAUUGUAACGUAGGGACUGAUAUAAAACAAGCUAGUUUCAUUGGCCAAAGAGGUGAAUAUAUUGCCAGUGGAAGUGAUGAUGGUAGAUGGUUUAUCUGGGAAAAAAGUACUGGAAGGCUAUUAAAGAUGCUGCACGGGGAUGAUGCUGUUGUCAACUGUGUACAGUCCCACCCACACGACAGUGUUAUUGCAACUAGUGGAAUCGAUAGCACCAUUAAGAUCUGGAGUCCAACUUCUCCUGCCCCAUCCAUUGUGGCUGGGGGAGCAGCAGGACCCGAAACUUCAAAUAUAUUGGAUGCCAUGGAAGCAAAUCAGCGCAGACUGUGUCGCACCCGCGAAGCAUUUCUGCCCUUUGAAAUUCUGGAGCGGUUCCGGAUGCACGAGUUUGCUGAGGGAAGCUUUCAUCCAUUUGAGUGCACACAGAGCUGAUCUGAUGGUAUUCCAUUUGCAGUCUUUUCUGGAUCGAGGGGUUCCAGCCAAGGCCAGUGGACUUGCUGAGUUUUGUGAAUCUGGAGCAGUCAUCAUGUAAAGAAAGCCCUUUUAUUAUCUGAAAAAAUAAGUACAGAGAAAUAAACAAAGACAGCUCUUGCAGCAGUAGUGGCCAUAGGCAAAAGGUUCUCUCUCUCUCACUCACUCACACACUCACUCUCACUCCUAACUCUCGCUUUGAUCCAACAUUUUUAAUGACCAUCAAAGAGAGAGAUGAUGAAAGAUUUGUGUAUAAAUGUCAUCAUCUAAUAUGACCCUUUCUUUAGUUUUGUUUCACAGUGAUUGAUUUGGCUUGAUAUAUUAUGUUUUGAGAUUGGUUUCA